CUUGGACACCACAUCUAGACCAAAGUAUCGGAGGCAGUUGCGCGUCAAGUUAUCACAGCACCAGCAUCAAAAAAAAUCACUGCGCUUCUUCUCUCCUAGGGCUUGAAGGGAACUUUACGGUCGCAGAUCUACGAAACCAAAGAAGCAGCGCCCCUAUCAACCCUCGAAAUGGCUAGCACAGACAACCCAGCCGAUGAUCGCGAUGCGCUCGACAUUCUAGAGGCAGAAAACAAGGAGGCAACCAAGGAUACCGAAAUCGACCGCAUUCUCAAUGCAUUUCGCCUCGAUGCAUAUGCCGUCCUAGGCCUGCAGCCAGGCGUGCCGGAAUCCGACAUCAAGAUCACCUACCGCAAAAAGUCCCUCCUGAUCCACCCUGAUAAGACGCGAAACCCGAUGGCGCCCGAGGCGUUCGACCGGCUCAAGAAGGCGCAGACGGAGUUGAUGGACGAGAAGCACCGGGCGCUGCUGGACGAGGCCAUCUCGGACGCGCGAAUGCUGGUGCUGCGUGACAAGAAGUGGACGGUUGAUAGUCCGGAGCUCAAGACGGACGAGUUUAAGAAGCUGUGGGCGGACAAGACAAAGUACGUGCUGAUCGAGAAUGAGCAGCGACGAAGGAGGCAGCUCAAGGGACAGAUGCAGGAGGAAGGUAGACAGCAGCGCAAAGAGGAGGCCGAGAUCGAGGAGCGCAAGCGCAAGAGGCAGCACGACCAGGACUGGGAGGCGACGAGGGAUCAGCGCAUCAGCAGCUGGAGGCAGUUCUCGCAGAAGAAGUCGGGCGAGUCGAGCAAGAAGAAGAAGAAGUUGAAGCCUAUUGGUUAAGAACGAAGGAAAGGCGAUGUCGGUGGAGUCGAUGUGGAACGGGGUUCGGGGAGAUUGCCACUCAGGAAGACUACUACCCAGAGACUUCUUCUAACGAUAACAAUCUCCAAAGGGGUUAACUCGGUGUUCCAAUCAGGAGAUGCCGGCAGGUGUACAUACGGAUUACCAAUUAUUUAUGAUCCGGCGAUGGCAGACUGGGGUGGAGGAUGAGGAGCUACGUGAGUUCUAAUAUCGCAUCAAUUCGCUGAAAAGUCCCCUGACCAAAGGACAUGUCACAGGCAUUCCACAAUUCCAAGUAGCAGUAGUUUCUGUUUGGCUCCUUGCAAAGGUCGUAGUCGCCAUCCGAUGCAUAGCAAAAGAAGAAUGGGUGCAAGUUCGGCAUGCCCUGACAAGUUUCGUCAUAGUAACCCAAAGACUUCACGGGAAAGAAUCUCGGGUCCAACAGGAAGUUGACAUGGCCAGAUGGCUAGCGCUUCGCCCUGUGAUCGCUAGAACCAAGAACCGUAGUGGCUGGGAACAAGCAGCCUACUAUGUAUUCCAAUGACGUGGGGGUUUCCGCCAGGGCGUGGAGCGCUUGGGGGGCCACAGAGGGGCUGGGCUAUCUCGCCAUCGCCGAAUGUGUUAACUCCGUGGGGAACCUGGGCAUGAAAUGUGCCAGCCCGUGCCCACAACCGCGAGUCAUAUAUUUUCGUUUUGGAAUUGUUUUCCAGAUCAUGUAAGCAAUCAAAAGGCGAUAACACGGAAUCACCACAAAAAAAAAAAAAAACACCACAGGCCCACAAGGAGCCUGAACGGCAAAUCGCAUACCUGAAGGUGGUUUAUCGGCCCUUGAACAGCGGUGAAGUUGUCCAUGGGUGCUCGUGGAUUGAUGUGAUAUGUGGGGGGGGGGGGGGUUUCGGGGCACUGCUGUGAUAUCGGCACCGAAGAAACUGAAUUAGUAGUCCACAGGUAGGUAUUUCCGCCCGAUCCGGUCCAUGCUGGGAUUGCCCUUUCGUAUUUGGGAAGAAUGAGGUGGGCAGAAGUCAUUCCACAGGUGUUUGAAUGCAGUCAUGCUGCUGCCGAGGUCGAGAAAGUUGAGCAAAUCUUCAAUUCUCUGUAAAAAUGGAUAGACUCAUGUCUGGUCGCAACUCAUCUGUUCGUUGGCUAACGAUCACCACGACAGCCCCAUAUCUGUCCGUGGUGACUAAAGUCAAUGCCCUCGAUUUGCAGGAGGGGCAAAGGGGCUAGGUGUGUCUAACAAAUCCAUAUCUAAUCAAUUUCUUUUGUCAGUCUUUCCUUUCCUGGAAGCCAUCCCUCACAGGCGUGAUGAUUCGACGCUUCUUGUGCAGACAAUAGGAAAGAUGACAUGGUGCAGAAGUAAAGAG